CGCUAGUGCGUAAUAAAAGUAAAGUCAACAUUUUCUUGAAAUGGCUACUACGAGUACUACAAAAUAUUGUUAUUUGUUUCCAGUGGCCGAAUGGACGACUAAUGUACGGUCUCGAUCUUUACGAUGAUGCAAUACCACAGGAGACCGAACACCGGUACAUUGUAGACGCACUCACCGACAAAGCAGUUAAUAUAAUUCAUUAUCACAACUCAUCUCAGCCACUGUUCCUGCAUGUCACACACAAUGGGCCUCACGCUGGUAAUGCCGGUGGAGCCCUGCAACCGCCUCUCUACUCUCCUCUCAAGAACGACCACAUCGCUAACUCGAACAGGCGACUUUAUUCUGAAAUUGUUACGCAAAUAGACCGGAGUGUUGGCAAGAUUGUUGAAGCUCUUGGUGACAAGGGAAUCCUUGAGGACACCAUCAUAGUUUUUGUAUCUGAUAAUGGAGCUGCCACUGUCGGAGAAUUAAGGAAUUGGGGGGUGAACUUACCAUUAAGAGGAAAGAAGUACACACCUUGGGAGGGGGCGGUGAGAGUCCCUGCGUUUAUUUGGCAGGCCUCACUCAGGCCAAAGGUUUGGCAAGGACUGAUGCAUAUUUCAGAUUGGCUCCCUACAUUAAUAACAGCAGCUGGAGGGAGAGUUCCAGCUGGUAUAGAUGGAGUCAACCAAUGGGAAUCCAUAAUGUAUGAUGGAGUGUCCAAACGUAAGGAAGUACUAAUAACUGUUGAAGACAGCGCGACAAACGCUUGGGCUUCUUAUAGAGCUGGCGACUAUAAAAUUAUAGUAGGAAAUGUUACCGGUGUCAGUAAUGGUUAUUAUGGAGCAGAAUUGAUGGUAAACAAAUGGUCUCCUCCAGACUAUUUUCCUGCGUUAGGAAAUAGUGACGUAACACGAGUUUUGGGAGAAAUAGGAAGGUAUUUAGACUUUGACGUCGUAAGGUCUAUGAGGAAGGUAGCUACGAUAAGAGCCGAUGAAUCAGCGAGGGAUGCUACUCCGUGUCUCCCUACACCUACCCGUGGCUGUCUAUACAAUGUCAAACAAGACCCAACAGAGAGUCGUGACUUAUGGAGUCGUGCUAACAAGAUAGCUACAUUGCUGACCAGCCGUCUCCGGGCACUCUGGUCUUCACAAUUAAGAAGAGGGGCUAUUAGACUGCAGGAAACUGCAGAUCCAGCAAAUUAUCGCUAUGUAUGGACUCCAUGGAUCUGCUGCAAUGAAACCCGCGAUAAUCCCAUAGGAAAUGACCAGAAAACAAUUGAUAACUUUGACUUUUCAUUCAAUUUCAAUCAAGAAAGAGUUGUUAAUAGAAACACAACGCUAGCUUCAGUUAUCAAUUGCGAUCGUACGACGGGCUUAAGAAACUUUUUGUGUAUUUUGAGAAGUAUAUUUUAG